UUGGGCUGUUGGGAAGGUUCUUCAGCAAAAUGAACAGUGUUCUACGGCUGCGACGCAAUGCUUAAGUUGCGCACCAAUGGCAAGCUCAGUCCCAUGUGUAAACAUCAAAACCUGUCCAAGUGGGCAAGAAUGCUUUGCUAAGUACGUAUUGAAACCCGAUGGAAUGGUAAUGUACGAAUUUGGUUGUAAGGAUUCUCAGGCAUGCACUGGCCAGAUAGGUAGCAAUGCUUUAAUUGGCAAGCGAGCGACCGGCGAUACCGAAUUAUGCUAUAAAUGUUGCCCUGGAGAUAUGUGUAAUCAAGGAAAACUUUGUACAGGACAUUCAACAUCUGUGCCCAUGGUGGUUCCGACAACUGUUUCCAUUUUAACAACCCACAUGGACCUGUGUUCCCUUAGCCCCUGUGUGCGUGGAAAGUGCUAUAUAGGCAGCGGAAACGAUCUGUCAUUUUUCUGCCUGUGUCCGAGUGGAUUUACUGGCAUGCAUUGUGAAACGGAAAUGAGCCCAUGUUCCCCAAACCCCUGUGUGCGUGGUGUCUGUUACACCGGCAACGGGAACAAUCCCACAUUCUUCUGUCUUUGCCCGUUAGGCUUCACUGGUAUGCAUUGUGAAACGGUAAUUUUUACAACUACUGCAAACACAGCUGUGAUUCAAACAACAUCGACGGUUCCGACAACUCCUUCAAACCCGUGUUCCCAAAAUCCUUGUGUCCGUGGAUCUUGUUAUAUAAGCAGCGGAAAUAACCCAACAUUCUUCUGCUUGUGUCCGACAGGUUUCACUGGCCUGUAUUGUGAAAAAGGCCAAGAUAUUACACCAGCGCAGGUUCAGUUAGCAACUUCCGACUGUGUGGACGUAUUACCGGCAUGCAAUUUGCUGGAUAAAAGUUACUACUGUGCUGGAGAUUACUUGGUCUGGGCCUACACCAAUUGUCAAAAAUACUGCGACCUUUGCAAUACGAUAAUCACAACCUCGAAUAUUCUGACUACCAAUGACUACAUGUGCGACUACAAGGGACAGCAUUAUACCCAAGGUCAGAUGUGGACAGACGGAUGCAACUUGAACUGUACCUGUGUGGAUGCCACGGGUUAUUACAGAUGCUUCGAUCUAUGUCCAAAAUACACAAACAUUCCUCCGGAUUGCAUUGUUGAAAAGAAACCAGGAGAGUGUUGUGGCCACCCAACUUGCAGAAUUACGGACCUGUCCACAAUGAAACCAAUCGUUAUUGUUGGUGGGACUUCAUUCUGUGUACACAAAGGACAGCCAUAUGUCCAGGAUGAGUCAUGGAAGGACGGCUGCAGUCAGUCGUGUACUUGUACAGAUGCAGAGCGGGGUCUCUACUCCUGCAGACAAGUGUGUCUGAACUGGGACACCAUGCCACCAAUCUGCCACCUGGAGGACCCACCGGCAGGGCUGUGCUGCCAGCAACCCAAGUGCACCAACGGCGCAAUUAUCCAGAUUCCACACGCCUACAAGGACGAAUAUCCGGGCUUCGUUUACGUUUAGUGUUCUUCACAGACAAUCGAACUAUAACUAAUAAUAAUAGUAUUUGAAAUAAAUAAAUUCAAGUUUAAAAAACGGUAAA